AUGGUUUCCAAAGGAAAACAGCUUUCUGUGCUCAUAGCGGGUGCGAAUGGAAGUAUUGGACGCGAACUUGUCUCACUUCUUGUCUCGCACCCGGACGUGGGGCGUGUGGUGGCGCUCUCGCAGACACCAAUCCCCAUCAACCGGUGGCGUUCGAGUUUCCCGCGGAUCCACCCCGGCGAUGCCCUACGAUGUCUCUCCGUCGUCUCCGUCGACUGGGAUAAAAUUGCCGCCGACGCCUCUCACGUUCCCGCGUCGUAUGUCCGUGCAGGUGUGUGGAGCAACGAGAGCGAAGCCAACCCGGGACUGCUGGACGCCUGGAGAAGAAUACGCGGCAGUGCGGCAGCGACGGGGCUGCGCUUCAGCCGUCCGCGCAACAACGGCGUGAAGGGCAACGGCGGGUCACGGAAGGCGGCACGUGGAUCCAACACGGGAGGCCCAUGCGGCGGUAGGGGCGGUGAGAAAAACGGGACCAACAGGGGCGUGAACGGCGACGAGGCACUCGGGAGAGGCGGUCGCAACGCCAGCCGGUUUCCCACCACAUCCGGCAGCAGGAGCAAGGCGGGUUACGUUAAAAUGUCGAUGGGGGAUCCCACAGCGAGUGCUGAGGCACGAAAUAAGUUUUUGAAUGAACUGCUGGAGACUAAUUUUUAUAAAUCUGUAUUCAGCGGCCACCAUGUCGUUAUCAACUGUUUGAGCUCGAGGAAUCGUUUUAUGCGGUCUGAGGUGAAUGCGGUGGAUCAUCAAUACGCGAUAGCCUUUGCCAAAAUAGUCCGCAUUUUCAACUGUAUGGUACACGCUGAGCCCUCAGAGGAGGAGGAGAUGCUUAUGGAUAAACACGCAACAAAGCAGAACAGUGUUCUUUGGGGGGAGAUCUACGCCGCUUGUUAUGGCCACGCCGAUUGCAGGUGGUUUUAUACGGGUGAGGAACUUGAAGAAAAGAGGGAUGGGGAGGAGGAGGAUGUGCUGCCAACAUGUCCCGAGCAACGACUCAGCCGUGGUGGGGUGGGCACACUUCGCCAGUUCACACAAGUGAGUGUGAUGGGUGGCAGCUUAUGGAACUCAUUGCCGUACUUUCGUGCACACGGGGAGUUUGACAAGGAGCUUCUCGCCCUGUUCAAUCGCAACGAGGAUGACAUCCAAGACAACUUCAUGCAACGGCGUGGACCGCGCGGCGACGAGGAUGACGUUGACGACGAUCGUGACUACGCGUUGGGGGAGGAGGCGUCCGUCAUGGCACGGAGACGGGCAGAGAUGUUGCUUCGUCGCGACGUUGUGAAGUUGUGGGACAACUCACACCUCACCAUCUGGAGGCCGGGGCUCCUGCAGCGAGACAACCUACAGCUUGUGGAAAAAAUACUCGGGGUUUUCACCUCUCGGGUUGAUGUAAAGCAAUUGGCGGAGGCUAUUUUGGAGGACAUUAUUGCCUCGUUGGAGGAUGAGCGUGGGUUCAACGAGGUGGGCACCGCCAAAGUCAUCGGCGGGAAUAAUGUGGUGGCGCGGGCCAAAAUGAAGGAAGCGGUGAUGGAGUGGAGCUGGCACGGCAAACGCAUCGUGACCACCUCUUCAGACUCCUGA